GCGACAACGGAAUCGAGCUAUCGUCCACGCAUAACUGAGGCCGGAAAUCCCCAAUAGUGUCACAACGCGCACACUUGAGGAGAUGAACGUCGCGCAAAAUACCGAGAGAGCGCAGAUGGUUGAUUUGUUAAGUCAAUUCACAUCUGAGCAGAUGACGAGAUACGAGUGCUACCGUCGCUCUUCGUUGCCGAAGUCCAUUUUGAAACGUUUGUUCCAAACGGUGACCUCCACAGCGCCACCUCCAAAUGGACUUAUCAUUCUCGCCGCAGUGGGGAAGUUGUUCGUUGGGGAGCUUGUUGAGAAAGCUCGACAGGUGGCUGAUGAAGAGGGUUUGUCCGAUCUUGAUGAGAUACGAGUGGGUCAUAUACAAGAAGCAUGCUGGCGUCUGCAUUCUGGAGCUUUGAAACAAAAAAAUAUGUUUCAGCAACACAGACUAUGAAAUUGUUGUUCGCUCAUUCUGCUUGUCCAAUAAAUACUGAAUGGCGCGUGUUCGCAUAUCUUGACAGGCAUACAAGAGUAAAAAGUCCAUCUUGAAACUCUGGAAAUCAGACACAAGUUCAGGCAGCCUGCUUUGCGAAAUACCUUCUCCGGACUGCGCUUGACAUAUGCAUCGUUUGUCUAUCUGAUAUGCGAAGAACGCGGUUUCCUUUCCACUGAUCAGCAGUGUUCAUGACGCGAUGGAAAGAAUAUUUCUGCUCUUAACGCUGCCUGCUGUCAGUAAUGAAAGAUUCUUUUCGUCAACCACACUUGCCUCAUUGCUGGUCUCUGACCGACCAACCAAAACACCCAAAGGAUGAACAAAUGCGAUAUUUACAUAGAGAAUCUAGGCACAAAGGAUGAAGUGCCCAUGAUCCAAAACAAAAGUUACUUGGAAGACUGACAUGUCCAAAAUAACCUUUUUAACAUGAGGAUUAAUGAAAAUAAAAGAAAGUUGCCAAGGGU